UGUCACACUUGCAGUUUUAUGAUAAGUUUCAUGAAUUCAAAAGAAACUUACAGUGAAUUCUGGGUACCUGGAUUUGUUUUCUAGUGUAUUUGCCUGUUAGCUGCCGUCUUGCUAUUUUCAUUUCUGAUGACAACUAUCACGGAACACUGCUAGAGCACAGAGUCAGCCUGUGACGGGGCCAGAAGAAUGUCUUCCAAGCAGGCCACCUCUCCAUUUGCAUCUGAUGGAGAGGGAACAACAAUCCAGGACUUAGCAUCACAGGAGCAGGAAGAAGACAACAAUGAAGAACUUGUCACUUCCCAUCUGCCUCUGCACACCAUAUUGCACAACAAACCUCACUCUGAAGAGCUCCCAGCUCUAGUCACUACAAUUCAACCAGACUCAGACUGGAACAGUGUUAUCUCAACUCAGCAUAGGAUGGAGUCAGAAAAUAAUAAGUUAUGUUCCUUAUAUUCCUUCCGAAAUACUUCUACCUCACCACAUAAGCCCGAAGAAAGUGGUCGUGAUCGCAAUGAGCUAAUGACCAGUGUUAAUUUUGGAACUCCAGAACGCCGCAAAGGAAGUCUUGCCGAUGUGGUGGACACUUUGAAACAGAAGAAACUAGAAGAGAUGACGAGAACCGAACAGGAGGAUUCAUCUUGCAUGGAAAAACUACUUUCUAAAGACUGGAAGGAGAAAAUGGAGAGAUUAAACACAAGUGAACUCCUUGGAGAAAUAAAAGGUACACCUGAAAGCUUAGCAGAAAAAGAACGACAGCUCUCGGCCAUGAUUACCCAGCUCAUCAGCUUACGGGAGCAGCUUCUGGCGGCCCAUGACGAGCAGAAAAAGCUGGCAGCAUCACAAAUUGAAAAACAGCGGCAGCAAAUGGAUCUUGCUCGCCAACAGCAAGAACAGAUUGCAAGACAACAGCAGCAACUUCUCCAGCAGCAACACAAAAUCAAUCUCCUGCAGCAGCAAAUUCAGCAGGUUCAGGGUCACAUGCCUCCUCUCAUGAUCCCAAUUUUUCCACAUGACCAGCGGACAUUGGCAGCGGCUGCAGCAGCCCAGCAGGGAUUCCUUUUCCCCCCAGGAAUAACUUAUAAACCCGGUGAUAACUAUCCUGUGCAGUUCAUUCCAUCAACAAUGGCAGCUGCUGCUGCUUCUGGACUCAGCCCUUUACAGCUCCAGCAACUCUAUGCCGCUCAGUUGGCCAGCAUGCAGAUAUCGCCUGGCGCCAAGAUGCCUUCCACGCCUCAGCUGCCAAAUACGACAGGGACGCUCUCACCAACCGGGAUGAAAAACGAAAAGAGAGGGACCAGCCCUGUAACUCAAGUUAAGGAUGAUGCUGCACAGCCACUGAAUCUCUCUGCUAGACCCAAGACAGCAGAACCUGUCAAAUCCCCGACGUCGCCAACGCAGAGCCUCUUCCCUACGAGUAAAACCAGCCCCGUGAAUGUGGCCAAUAAAAGUGGAAUCCCCAGUCCUAUUGGCAUGACUCUGGGAAGAGGAUCCUCUCUAGACAUCCUUUCCAGUCUUAACUCACCUGCCCUAUUUGGGGACCAGGACACUGUAAUGAAAGCAAUUCAGGAGGCUAGGAAGAUGAGAGAACAAAUCCAGCGGGAGCAGCAGCAGCAACAGCAGCAACCACAUAUUGAUGGAAAGCUUCCCAACCUGAAUAAUAUGGGCCUAAACAACUGUAGAACCGAAAAGGAAAGAACACGCUUUGAGAAUUUAGGCCCACAUCUAUCGGGGAAGCCCUGUGAAGAUGGAAAGCUAGGUCCAGGAGUCAUUGAUCUUACAAGGCCAGAAGAUGCAGAGGGAAGUAAAGCAAUGAAUGGCUCUGCAGCUAAACUACAGCAGUAUUAUUGUUGGCCAACAGGAGGUGCUACUGUGGCUGAAGCGCGAGUCUACAGAGAUGCCCGGGGACGAAGCAGCAGUGAGCCGCACAUCAAACGACCAAUGAAUGCUUUCAUGGUUUGGGCAAAGGAUGAACGCAGGAAAAUUCUUCAAGCUUUUCCUGACAUGCACAACUCCAACAUUAGCAAAAUUCUUGGUUCCCGCUGGAAAUCCAUGUCGAACCAAGAGAAACAACCUUAUUAUGAAGAGCAAGCACGAUUAAGUAAAAUCCACCUAGAAAAAUACCCUAAUUAUAAAUAUAAACCCAGACCAAAACGCACUUGCAUUGUUGAUGGCAAAAAACUGCGCAUUGGAGAAUACAAACAACUAAUGAGAUCUCGACGACAAGAGAUGAGGCAAUUUUUUACCGUAGGGCAACAGCCUCAGAUUCCAAUUGCCACAGGAACAGGAGUGGUCUAUCCUGGUGCUAUUACUAUGGCAACUACUACGCCAUCGCCUCAGAUGACAUCUGAUUGUUCCAGCACUUCUGCUAGUCCUGAGCCCAGCAUCCCUGUCAUUCAGAGCACUUACAGCAUGAAGACGGACAGUGGGAGCCUUGCUGGAAAUGAAAUGAUAAACGGGGAAGAUGAGAUGGAAAUGUACGAGGACUUUGAGGAUGACCCCAAAUCAGACUAUAGCAGUGAAAACGAAGCCCAUGAGGCGGUCGCUGCCAACUGAGGAUGUUUGCUGAAUUACUCUUGACUUUGUUUUCUUUU